CAGUAGAGGGAGCCAGACUGUACGACCGUAAACUUUUUGCAAGUUUCAACAGGGAGGCUUGGGACAUGCUGGAAGCAUCUGAGUCUAUGUGAUUAAGCAAUCAGAUUGUUGUCACAAGGUCAAGGUUAAAAAUGGAGACAAGGAACGACGUCAACAGGAAUCAACUGGCAUUCUCGCCGUCGAGGGCGCUGUACAUCAGUAUGUCGGCUGCGACCAUAUUCACCACGGGUACUAUGGCUGUUGGAUUCCUUCUCUGCAUUGGCCUGGCGUUGCUUGUCAACUAUAAGUCCAGCAUUGCAACACAUUGUAGGGUGCCCAACUUCCUACCCUCAAUCAGUGCUGCCAUAGCCCUCCCUCCAUCCUGCUACAUCUGGAGGUUGUCAGUCAUGCUGACGACUGUUCAACGACUGCUCGCCAUCAGGUACCACCACAUGCAGUACGCGGGAGUCAAGACUAGCCGUGCCUGGUACCCUGUGUUGUGCAAUGCAUGUGCAAUGGCUGAACUGCUCGAGAACCUGUCUCUGAUCGCGCUGACUUGCGUGUCAUCCACAGAAAACACAGAUCUGCAUGAGAACUUUUUCAUCAGUUUCCAAGUGUGUGCUACUGUGUUUAUGAUUCUCAUGUGUCUUGUCUACAAGACAGCGUGUGGGUCCCAUCCAUCUGCAUGGGAGCGCAAAUCUCUGAGGGCGAAAUACAUAUGCCUUGUUGUCAAUAUCAUCUGCUUCCUGAUCGCCGUCGCCUGUUACAUGACACAUAGAUACUACUGCAAACCAUAUGCAUACACUGUCUUCUCAUUCUUUGAGUACAUUGUGGUGCUGACCAACAUCCUGUACCACGGUUUUGUCACUUACGACUUUGCCGAUGUCGUGAUCGAAAUCUCCCUGCCAUCAAAGAAGGACUAAGUGAUUCUCUGGGAUGUGAAAAAAAAACAGCUUGUUACCAGUAACUUUCAAUGUAGAUAUUACGACUUUUUGUCAGGUCAUUUGUUUCCACCAAGUGGAACAUUUCUUUCCCCUGUUUCUUAUGUUAUUUUGAAUUCAAGAGGACUGCAGUAUUAGAAUCCUGCCAAGCACAGAAAUGUGGUAAGCAUUGUUAUAUGCGGGCAUGCAACUCUUCCUCGGAUCAGCUGAUUUCCUCUUUUUUUACUUCCCAUGUGUGCCAUUGAAAAUAGAAAAACACUGUACAAAGUCUA